AUGCCAACUGGCCUCAUGACCUCACGGCUGGUCAAUGAUGAGUUGAUGAGUCGCCGAGUCUGCCACAUCACGAUAAUCCCGAGUUCCCAUGUCAAUGACCUAGAUAACUCCAGGCAAGGGAAAAUGCGUGACGGCCCUGAGUCGAGCUUAUGUGGGUCCCGCCAAGCUGCAAUCAGCCGAAAUUUCCAAAAAAUUCGAAUUUCAGGGAGAAAUGCGAAGAGCCUCUGGUUUGCCCGUUUGGGACGGUCUAAUUUGCUCGUGAAAAAUUUUGGGCUGGAGGGCAAUCCGGAAAAAAACCAGUUUUCACGCCAUAGUCGGGUUAUGGCGGGUCAGAAAUCCAGCCCAAGUGGACCAGCGAAAGCAAGGACACGACAACCCAGAUUUGUGCUUGUUUUUGGCUCUGUUUUUCCCCCAUCUUUUUUUUCCCUGUCUUCUGAGUCCACCUCCGAGUUCAUACAAGACUUGUACCGCAUCUGCAGGUCUUACACAUAG